AUGGUUCUUCUUGAGCAUCUUCCUCUCAUCGGGCUCGCCUUGAGUCUUGCCCACCACCACAACCACGCAAGAUCAUCUCAUCAUCAUCCAUCUCUCCCAAACCACAAACCCGCUGCCCAAAUAUCUGCCGACGCAUCACCCUUUCAUCAAGCUCCGAAGCUAAUUGCUGCUCGAGCAUCAGAUGAGGCCCAAGAGACCACAAUCCAAGUUUCUCAGCACCACCUGCAGACCAUCCUCGAUAAGAUCAAGACCCUUGAAGAAGAAAUCUUCAACAUGAUGUCAUCCAAAGCUGACUCUUCUCUGAAUUUAGGUUCUACGCCCGCAAGAUAUGCUUCAAAGGAUUCUGCUGCUACGGCGCCUGCAAAGGCCGAAAAGCUAGUCGUAACAACGCACGAACCAGAGACAAACCCAGCAGUAGCCAUCUUUGGGGGCUUAUUCAAAGAAGCUUCCGUCGGCCUGGACACUCCAGCUAUAUCUGACGAUAAAUCCACCACGAUAAUCACAUCAACUACUCGGAUCACGCGAACAGUCACCGUAGUGCCCACAGGAAUUGUCACGGUGACCACGUUCCCAUCCCACCUUGCAAUGGAGAGCAAUCUCAAGGCUUUGAUUCCCUUUGUCAAUGCGACAGCAGACGCAGACCCGCCGAGAACAACCUUGAGUAUUGACACCCUGAGCGGUCAUCGUGUCCGGCUUCUCAAUCUGUCAUCGAUAUCGACAUCGACAUCGACAUCGACAGGCGUUGAUGCGGAACGGGGACGGCCUACAAUCACGGCCAUGGCUUUUAAUGCUUCAGCAAGCUUUCAUCGGGUAUCGCUGUCGGCUGCUUCAAGUGGGUUCAGAACCCUCCGGAGAGCUGCUUGA